AUGGCUCCAUCCCGAGAACAGCUCCUCAAGACUUCGAACCUCUUCCUAGAGGCAUUCAAUGGGUUUACGCCCGAGUCAGUUGUGAAAUUUCGCAGCGCCAAGUGCAGCUGGCGGUUGCUACCCGACACACUCGAGACGCCAGCACAAAAUAAUGCCGAAUACGCAAAGCUAAUAGGCCAUCUACAAGGUCUCAUGCCAAAAUUUCGUGUGUAUAUGGUCGACGGCUUUGAGCCGGCAAUCGAUGUAGUCACCAGGAAAGUGACGCUCCACUUGAAGUCGUACUCUGAGACGAAGGUCGGGCUGUAUCAAAACGAAUACGUUUGGGUUAUGACCUUCAAUGAGGACGGUACGGAGAUAGAUGAAAUAUUCGAAUUUGCGGAUAGUCUCUACACGAAGGAGUGGUUGCCCAGGUUAAAGACGGCAGCCGAGGAGUUUGCGAAGAACAAGGGUAAUUGA